CAAGAAUUCACUUCCGGUUUGACAGCUACACCCUUCUACUCACACCAGACUUGAGCCAAAUAUUACUCUUUUUAUCAUUAUCACUGGAAAGUAAUCCUCGAAAAUGUCUAAAUCUGUCAAAAAACAGGUUGAUGAUGCAAGAGAAAACAGGCACCAGGAUCUCGAUUUGUCAGAUAAGAGCAUUUCAAAACUGCAGGACAUUCCAGGACUGUUUUCACUCACUAAUCUUGUGAGGCUGACUCUGAGCCACAAUAAGAUUGAUGUUGUUCCACCACAUAUAGUAGAGCUGACAAAUCUGGAAUCCCUCAACCUAUUCAACAACCACAUAGAGGAGCUACCUACAAAUAUAAGCUCGAUGCAAAAUCUCAAAAUCUUAAAUGUUGGCAUGAACAGAUUGUACAGCUUACCUAGAGGCUUUGGAUCAUUUCCCAAACUAGAAAUACUUGAUCUCACAUACAACAACCUCAAUGAAAAUAGCUUGCCUGGAAAUUUCUUCUUAUUAGACACACUGCGGGCGCUAUAUCUCAGCGACAAUGACUUUGAAGUGCUUCCUGAAGAAAUUGAACAACUGAGCAAAUUAGAAGUGCUUUGUGUUAGAGACAAUGACCUGAUCUCCCUCCCUAAAGCCAUUGGAAAUCUGCCGAAAUUGAGAGAGCUUCAUAUUCAAAGCAACAGAAUCACAGUUCUGCCCCAUGAACUGGGUAAGCUAGAUCUGUUUACUGGAAGAAACAUCAUGAAGGCAGAAAACAACCCUUGGGUACCACCCAUUGCUGAUCAGUUCCAAGUGGGUGUGUCACAUGUCUUUGAUUACAUCAGAUCAGAAACAUACAAGUAUUUGCACCGCAGACAUGUUGAAGCAGGAGCAGCACCACCACCAAAGACCAAUGCUAAGGCCAAGAAGAUCAGUAGGAGGGAGGUGUAUCGCAAGAAGUAAAGUCUGGAGUCACAAACUGUCAUUGUG